GCCCAGUUUUUUCAUUUUAUGGCAUAUAAUAAUAUUUUGCCAUUAUUGUCUGUGAACGUCUACAAAGUCCACAGCAAUGUCCACGUCAAAGAGCUACAAUCUUGAUCGAAUCCACCAUCACUUGCAGCUUUCGCAAUGGCCACCUCAUCGGUGAAAGAAGUUCCCCCCCCGACUUUGAAUUCCAACUCCGAGCCACCUCCUGUCUUUGAUGGCACUACCAGGUUGUACAUCGCUUACAUAUGCCCAUUCGCACAGCGUGCGUGGAUUGCUAGAAACUACAAGGGGUUGCAAGACAAGAUCAAGUUGGUUGCCAUUGACCUUCAAGACAGGCCAGCUUGGUACAAAGAGAAAGUUUACCCUGCUAAUAAGGUGCCUGCACUGGAACACAACAAUCAAGUCCUUGGCGAGAGCCUUGAUGUAGUCAAAUAUAUAGACAGCAACUUUGAAGGGCCUGCGCUUUUACCUGAUGAUCCAGUCAAGUGUGAGUUUGCUGAAGAGUUGUUGUCCUACACUGACACAAUGGUUGGCACAGUAUUUUCUUCAUUCAAAGGAGAUCCAACAAAAGAAGCUGUUAGCACUUUUGAUUUCCUGGAAAAUGCUCUUCAUAAAUUUGAUGAUGGACCUUUCUUCCUUGGUGAAUUCAGUCUGGUGGAUAUUGCUUAUGUGACAUUUAUCGAAAGGUUUUAUCUCUUUUUAAAAGAUGCAUGGAACUAUGAUCUCACAUCAGGCAGGCCUAAACUAGCAUCAUGGUUUGAGGAGAUGAACAAGAUCGAUGCUUAUACUCAGACAAAGUACGAUCCCCAAAAGCUUGUCGAGUACUUCAAGGGCAACUUUUUGCCUCAGAAGUGAAUAUGGCAACUAGCUUGAUGCCCCAAAACCCAAUACUGAAAGGUUUCUGCCGCCGAGUUCUAGCUUUACCAGCAGAUAUGGAUGUGUCAAUGUCGAGUAUCACAAAUAAAUAGCUCUUGUAAUAAGAUGAGCACUCCUGAGUGAUUGAUUAUGUGGUGUUGUGAACUAUUAUGUAUUUCAAUUUGAUACCCUUUUUGUCAUUUUCAAGAAAGAAAGAUGAUUUCAAGCCGAAUGACUAUCUUUCUGUGA